CCUCUCUCUCUCUCCAAGACACCAUUCUUCAUUUUCUCAAUAGCAGAGAGGAAAUGAUUCUGCCCCGCCUGGAAAGGAAACACCCUCGAUCCCUAAGAAUGGGAAAUGUGGUGUCAUGUGACCAUUUCCCCGGGAGAGCGUGAUGAUGGCCCCUAUAAACUUCCCCAGUGGCAAGAAGCGGAACAGAGCCCUCUGCAGCCAUGGAGUCGGACAGCUCCUACCGCAAAUGGGACAGCGCCGAGGAGGUGGAACUGAGCCUGCCGGAAGCGAGUGGUGCCAGGAGAGGACGGAAAGCUCUUUGCCUCCCCGAGUCCACCCAAGGCAAGGCCAUUGCGAUCCUGUACGUGCUGCUGAUGCUCUGCUUUGUGGUGUUCACCGCGCUCGUUGCGGUGCGGCUCGGGAACCUGUCUCAGGGUCUUGAGGACGCCCAGCUGGAUCGAGAAACGAUCAGAAGAGAUGCCAAGAGAAAUCUGUCAGAUCUCCAGCACGACCUAGUGUCUCAGGGUCUUGCGAAAGCCCAGCUGGAUCGAGAGACGAUCAGAAGAGAUGCCCAGAGAAAUCUGUCAGAUCUCCAGCACCACCUAGAGUCGAAGAUGUCCAAUGAACUCGGCGGGCUUAGCAGUCAACUUCUCAACGUGUCCAAGGAGCUGGCUGGGCUUAGGCGAGGGAUGGAGAAGAUCCAGGCUGAUCAGGUGAAAGACCCAUCGACGCUGCAGAAGGUCUUGGAGAUAAGGAACCUGACACACAGCCUGUCCCAGGAGCUGGCGGAGAUGAAACAGGCCCAUGGCGGGCUCCAGGAGGCCAUGACCAAGGUGCAGGAGGAGUUACAGAGAGUCAAAGGCUCGACCUGCACAGAAUGUCCGUCUGGCUGGGAGGUUUUUGAGAAAAAUUGCUACUUCUUCUCCUCGGUAACUGAAAGCUGGGGGCAGGCGAAGCAGGCCUGCAUCGACCAAGGGUCUCAGCUGGUGGUCGUCAACACCAAUCUGGAACAGGUGUUUUUGGCGGCCCACGUCAUUGAUCCCCACGUGUACUGGCUGGGCCUCAGCGACUCAGCGGCGGAAGGGGAGUGGCGCUGGCUGGACGGCAGCCCCCUGACUAUCAGGUUCUGGGAGCCAGGCGAACCCAACAACGUGGGGCCGGAUGGGGAGGACUGUGGCUCCCUGCGACACAGUGGGAAGUGCAAAGACAUCAAGUGCUCCGCGUCCGCGUUGUGGGUCUGCGAACGGCCCUGCUAGCGGGGUCCCUCCGCCCCCCAGGGAGGGGAGCUCGCCCCGCCUGCCCCGGCUCCAGAUCCAGCCUCUCGUCAGCCACCAUUCCCAGACUGCCGCGGGGCAGCUGUCGGCAGCACCGGCGAUUAAAACGCUGUGAUUUAAUGAGUCGCCAGUCCCAGUUAUUAAC